AUGAUCGACGUCGAAGGUAAGAGGUCGUUCACCUCUCAGAACAUCAAGGACGAGAACGGCAAGGUCCUUCGGGACCCCACGUUUAUUCCCCAACGGUGGGCACGGUGGUUCCACAAGCUUCUCAACACCAAGUCGCCAACCAUCGACCUCCAUGCGGCUGACAAGGUCAAGCAGUGGCCCACGUACGUGCCACUCGACGACAUCCCAUCUCUACUUGAGGUUGAGGAAGCGGUACGGGAAAUGGCCAACAGAAAGGCCGUCGGGCCGGACGACCUACCGGCUGAGCUGAUCAAGCUUUUCCUGGACGGAGAUCAAGGUCUCCUCCGCGAGUUCCACGCCAUUGUCGUGGACGUGUGGCAGACUGGGGACGUACCACAGCAGUGGAAGGAUGCCAUCAUCAAAGUGCUGUUCAGGGAGGGGGACACGAUGGAGUGCGGCAACUACCGGGGCAUCCCUCUCGUCGCACACGCCGGCAAGGUGCUGCUUAAGGUCGUCGCUACACGACUGAGCCACUACUGCGAGCCAGACGGCAUCCUCCCGGAGGAGCAGAGCGGUUCCCGCCCACACUGGUCGACCCUCGACAUGCUGUUCGCCAUCCGGCAUCUCCAUGAGCUCACGAGGAAGAAGAGUACUGCGGUGUUCGCGUGCUUCGUCGACCUCACCAAGGCAUACGAUUCGGUAGACCGAGACCUAUUGUGGGACGUGCUCCGACGCUUCGGCGUGCCCCCGAAGAUGCUGGCGGUCAUUCGCCACUUCCACGAGGGCAUGAGGGCGCGCGUCCGAACGGACGACGGGCAGUACUCGGAAUGGUUCGACGUGGGCCAAGGCCUCCGACAGGGAUGCAACCUGGCCCCGCUGCUGUUCAACUUGUUCUUUGCCGCGAUGCUCAUGGUCGCCGUGGCCGAGUUCGACAAGGACCCCAACGUGACGGCGAACAUGAUCAAGAUCGGGACACAAGUGGAGUACACCGGCAACAAGGGAAGGUCGGCGGGGAAGAAGACGACGGUGGUGAUAGACGCGGAGGCCUUGUGGGCCAUGCUCUACGCUGACGACGCGGCCAUCGUCUCGCGCUCGCCGGAGAGUCUCGAGAAGAUGAUGUCGGUCAUCGUGCGCGUGGCCGGCCUGUUCGGACUGAUGGUGUCGGAGCCAAAGACGGAGAUCAUGUGCAUGCUGCCAAAAGGGAUCGAGGAACACCCGUUCACGGUCAGCGCCGCCGGCCAGACGUACAAGCAGACAGAUCGGUUUGUGUACCUCGGACGUACCAUCUCCGCGGACGGGAAGGCCGACCGGGAGAUCACGAGCCGCAGCUGCCGAGCGUGGAAGUGCUACCGCCGGAACAGUGCUUCGAUGUACGACAGGCGACGGGCCGACCGCCAGCUCAAGAUCCGGCUUCUCCAGGCUGAAGUGGUGGAGACUCUCCUGUAUGGGUGCGCCUCGUGGAGCCUAACAACGGAGCACUACGCGAAGCUCAAUGAAACCCACCGCCAGUUCCUUACACGGUGCAUCGGCUGGAGCAAGCGGAAACGCUCAGACCGCCCCCUGUCCUAUGCCCAGGCCCUCAUCCAGGCAGGCUGCGAGGAAACCAUCGAGGCCACCGUGCGCAAACGGAGACUGUGUUUCGCGGGCUUUGUUAUGCGCAUGGAGGACAACCGCCUCCCCAAGCGCAUGCUGUUAGGAGCGAUGGCGGGGGGCGUGGGAUACCGGGGCGGGCAGGAGAGCGACUGGGUGUCUCGUCUAGGAGAGGACCUCGUGGCCUUCAACAUGGGAGACGAAAAGGAAGGGGCUAAAUGGAAAGAGUGCGCCAAGGACCCGGAGGUGUGGUACAACAAGGUCGAGGACGGGGCGGCAUGGUUCAUGAGGAAAUGGCACAGGCAGGAGGCGGAAGCGUCCGCGAGGCGCCAGCGCGCGAGGGAAGCAGAAGCAGAGAGUACGGUCAUCUCACGACCGAAGAGAAAGAGAGCCGGGGAAGCGGCGGUGGGCGGGAAGAAAGGGCGACCAAGUACUGCUGUAGAAGCGAGUAGGGCGGCCGAGGCAGCACAUUUGGCGAACUAUGUACCCGGCUGA